AUGACACGAGACAUCGUGUGUUACUGUGUUGGCUUUUCCUUGAUCAGUAUUUUUUCGUCCGUCGCCGUAGCUGGACAAGUCUGCGACUCGUCGUUUUUACCCAGAAAUGCAUCAUACACCAACAAGUUUUACAAUGAAGGAACCAAUGUGUGGCUGAACCCUGGACGCGGUUUUUAUCACAAACUCAUCACCUCGUCAAAUACGACCGAGUUUGAAGCGAUACAGGAGUCCAUACUGGACUGCUGGAGGACACAAGACGGUACCACACUGCUGCUACGUCUGUAUCUAUUGGAUGACAGCGUUUCAGGCGCUCAACUUACUUCAGACUUCCUGGAUAGAAUCCGGCAUGACAUGGCUACGGUACACAAGGCUGGGUGGAAUGUUAUAGUUAGGUUUAUGUAUAACACAGGUCAGCAUUCGAUUUCUAAUUCGAAAACCUCGGAGCCAACGGUUGAUAUAAUAGCAGCACAUAUUGAACAAUUAGCUGUCAUAUUCCAAGGAUUUGAAGGGGUCAUAACAUCAAUACAGGCAGGUUUUCUUGGACGAUCAGGUUGUUGGUACGAACCAAGUGCUGCCGGUGGUUCUUUCCCGCCAAAAACAACUUACACACAGUUGCUCGACGCAUUGUUUAAGUCUGUACCAACAUCACUUCCUAUACAGGUACCCAAGCCGGAGUAUAAACAAGAGUACCUGGGGCCAAUGAGUACCUCCUACCUCGAUGUCAUUACCAAUAGCGACAAACUACGUGUAGGGUUUUUCCGUGACUGCCUGCCAGGAAGCGACAUCAAUCAUCAGAUCAAUGCGUUUCCUAGGUUGGACCCUACUUCUAUAUCAAAUAUGUCGUAUCUGUCUAUCGACACCAAAUUUAACAUCAUGGGAGGCAGAACUUGUCAUCCUGGCGACAUCAGAAGCGGUCCGGACCUGUGUACUGAUUCCGUGAAGUUAUUUCAGAAGAUCCAUAUGACGUAUCUAGAUAUAGAAGACCCAGCUGAAACACUUAAAUAUUACAAACAGCAAAAUUGUUACAACAAUAUUCGUCAACGUCUCGGUUAUCAACUGUUUCUACACACGGUAAACCUUCCGACGGAGGCUGAGGCUGGUGGUUACAUGUGUUUCCAUGUGAGUUUAGUGAACAAAGGCUUCGCCACUCCCGCUCGUGACGUCCACGUUUUCCUCGUUCUCCAGCUCAACUCUACAGUAAUGUACCAAGUUGAUUUGCAUGUCAAAGGGGAAUCGGUAAAACUUUGGCAGCCCGGACAUGUAGAAAUACCUCUGGUUACGAAAUCCUUCCAGCUGGUCCAUGACAUGCCUGCUGGACUUUACAAGGUUCACCUCGCACUUUCUGACCCUAAAUGGCAGAAUGAUUCCAACUAUUAUAUACUUCUCGGAGGUGAGUACCGGGGCAAACCUACAGCCGAUCCUUCAACAGGACUCAACUUUAUAGGCGAAGUUCAGAUUCGCCCUUCCUCAGCCCAUUCCUCCUCUACCCCUGCCUCCUCAGCCACGUUACCUCCAGGCUCGAUGAGGCCAUGGUCUGCCCUAGCGACCACACGACAUCUUCGAGAAUGGAAGGAAGGUUACGUGACGUGUGAUGAGGUGGAGGUGACGAAAGCCUUGCUUCAGUACACCUACUUCAACUCCUCUCUAGCUCUCCCCUGUCCAGAUACAAAUCCACACUCCUCAGAGGCGAUAUUACAGCGAUUCUGUCACGCGCAACCAGCCUCCAGAUGGUCACCUGUGACUGGUGUUAAGGUGAUUGACCACUGUGACGAGAUAGCAAAGUUUACACCUGUCGCGUUUUUUAAAUCUCUCCUUGGCGUGUCUGUUUACGACCGUGGCCUGAACGAUGGUAUGGCUGGCGUCUUCUUCGGUUGUGUCAAAAAGAAUGGAAUUCUUAAAAGUAUCAAGGUUGGUAUCCAGCUGUGUGGUUUUCCAUUCGAUGUCACCCUCAUCCAUCCCGGCGACGUUGACCUUCAGUCUCUGUACAUCGUCAACACUUUAUAGUUCUAACACGCUGUUUGAUUACACAAAUAAACACGUUUGAUAUUCUGAAA